AUGGCGAAUGUUCGCACCGUUGGAUCAGUGGCAUCCGGAACCCGGAUAAAUGCCUUGAUAAAGUCCAAACCGAAUAUCAGGAUCAGUACAUUGAUUAUUAACGAUGUUACAUUCGAUACGAACAGUAUGGCUCGUAAUAAACGAAAACGCAAACGUUCUUGCAGUAAUUUUGUCAUUUUUCUUUCAAAACAAUCAAAACGGAUAUUAUUACACAAACAUAUGAUUGUGGAACUAUUUCAAACACCAAAAGCAACAAGUUCAAACAAUACCACAACAAUCAAAGUGAUGCCACUAGCUGAAAAAUUAUCCAUCAAUUGGAAAACAUACAUUCCACCGGAUGUGAUCAUCGAUAUUCCCAAUAUCAGAUGGACCAAUACCACAAACAAUGUGAAUAAUUUCCGAUGCGGACGAAGCAAAUGCGGCCAUUCAUCAACAAUACCAGUUACGAACGAUUCCACCGUACAGAACUGCGAAUCGAUUCCCAACACCAAUAACAUGCCGAAAAAGAGAAUCGCCCAUAGAUUCGGCAGUGGAAGACGUGUAACUGCUUCGGGAUACACUAUGAAUGCCAAACCGGGUCCAGAUCGUGCCACAUCAGCUAUAUUGGCGUUCAUGGUAUAUGCCAUAUGGCCCAAUACAGAGAAUAUGACGAAACCAGAAAACAAUGAUGUAAACGAACUUAAUAGACAGGCUAUCAACGAAUCACUAAGUACACAACAUUAAUCACCUGAUUGAAAAGGCAAACAAAAGAUUUACCGA